UCUUGUAAACAAUUACGUCAAUCAGAACUCCCGCUGUUUCGUAAACUAGAAGAUCAUCAUUCAAAUCUCUUUUUACGCUUUUGUUGUUGAAUGUGACUAAAACAUCGAUACAAAGCCGGUAUUCUCUACACAGCAGUCAUUAUUUACUUAAUGACAAAAUGAUAUAGCAUCGCGUUUCUGAUGUGAGAUAUAAAUCGUUGUUUUGAAUUUUAAUAUUUGUGCGUGACGACUGGCUGCGAUCAUGUCACGUCUCCUAUAACUGUUUGCAUCCCGACGGAGAGAAAUAGGUAUGUUUAAUAUACGAUAAUAAAUACUGCUUUGUCUGACAAAUUGUGUGUAGUAGUUAACUUUUAAAUGCUUUUAUUUAGCAGCCAUUUAUAUAAGAUCCGUUUCCGUUGGCCUAGCAACUCGCCAAGGACGAGCGGAUGCAUAAAGUUUGAAAAUUUCUUCAAUUCGAAGAUAUUGCCUGCAGCAAAAUUAUCUGAUUUCAACGCAUAUUAAUUCAAAAUGUUCACGAUUUCGACACCAACCGUCGAGAUAACAUUCGUAAAAUGUAUCAUAAACUGUUUUAUAACAUGCAUUGAAGUCGGAUUUUGUUCAGAAAUUUUGCAGCGAUUAAUUUUAUUCGUAUUUCAAUUAAUUUUAAGAGUUUUUAACAUUUUUAUAUUCAUAUGUUAUUCCUUGUUGGAUACUUUAAUAAAUAUAACUUUGUACAUAAAUGUUUAGUAUAAACACUAGUUUUAGUAAAUAUAAAGCAGUACUUUCUAGACAAUAUAGAGUUUAUUAUAUUUUUAAAAUGCAUAACAAUGAAACCGUUUGUGUUCAUCUACUGUAGAAAAGUACCAAAUAUAUUUCAAACAAAUAAACGAGUCUUGAUUUAAAUCUGCAUGGUCAAAGUAAUUUCAACAGCGUUUCAAAUUGCCAGCCAUUUAGGUUAAGUAUUUUUGAACCACUAAUUUAUUAACUCAAACCAAAUGUGAAAUUAAAAUGCCACAAAUCUCAUUAAUUUAUGAGGUAAUGUCUGCUAUCUUGAAUAGGAUUUCUGGGGGUUGCAGCAUUAGAAGCUGGCCCAUUAUAAAAUGAGAUUGGCUAUUCGGUAAGAUGGACAUUGACUUGAGUUUAUAUGGGAAAAGUUUAUCGCUCUUGUCAGAUCAUUUAGUUGAGAUUUUGCCUGCUGUCUGGCUUGGUUUUCCAUACGAACACAAAACAAUUGCUUCUAUAAAAAUAAUUGCACAGUGAGAUCUUGCUUUGUUGCUUGUCUCGCUUACCAGGCCGGCUUUCAUAUGAACAGCUGCCCAAUACUUUCUAGCUGUCAAGCUGAGCUAUCACUUAGAUUAGUUUGUAUAAGGCAGGCCAUAUGCAUUUUGUCUGGCAAAUCAGCAAAUCAACAUCAGCUGCUGCUAAAGAUAUUUAGAGUUUUGACAGUUUGACAAUAGCUCACAGUAACUUUAAUUUUCUUAAUCUGCACAAAAUUGAGGAAAAGUCUAUAUAAGGAAAAAUUUGAGUGGUGUCAGCAAAUAUUCACACGAAACUGAAGACCUGUUCAUAUGAGUUUGGGUACUACCCUGCCUGCCAAGAUUAACACUUAAAAACUUAUUGUUUCAUUGAUGAAAUAUGUGUUAAAUUGAUAAAAAAGGCUGACAUGUUGUCAGUUUCAUUCACCGUCCAUGUGACACAUAUUUCAUUAAUUCUGUUAUCUUUCACGUUUGGUUUAAAAAUAAUUGUCUUACUUGGAUAAUAACAUUUAAAAUUUGUUCGCAUUAAUUAUUAACAUAUUUUAAAUAUUAUAUGUAACUGGAUUAAAUUAAAAGUUGUAAUGUAAAAUCACUUUAUCCUACAGAAAUUUUUGAUCCUGCAUUUUGCUCUAAAUGGCAAAUUCUGUUGUGAUCUCAACAAACAGGCUAGCUCACAUUCCCUCAUGAACACUAUGCAAUUUGCAAUUCCCCUUAUUACGUUUUCGUAACGCUUUGCAUUGUGGUUAUAGUGGUAUGAUAUAGAGGUCAAGAUUGUCCUGAUCCGUGCAAAAACUUUUAAAAAAAGCUUGGGUCAGGUGCGCGAUAGCCAACAGCAAAAUAUUUGCGAAAACAUUCAAUAUUUUCAUUUGAGGCCGCUAUCUUUAUCAAUGAUACCACUAUAACCACAAUGCAAAGCGCUACAAAAACAUAAUAAGAGGAAUCGCGAAUUUAAUAUAUGAGAAUAUGUUCAUUAGCAACACUCUCAGUAAGCGAGACGUUUUUAAUUAGUCAGUGGGCUUCUGUGAAUAGCUAUCUCACUAUUAAUAAAUAAAACUAUUGUACUAGCUGUAGUCAAUCUGUUAGUCAGCUAGCUAGAGCAUGGUGCUCAUGAAUAUAUAACCCUUUACCAGGUAUAUCUGGUGCAAUUUAUUUGCACAGUCAGUCAACAGUUCAAACGAGUUUGCUCUUGAAUCAAUCUAUUAUUGUAUAUCUGUUAAUUUCAGCAAUGUGUUUAGCUGCUGAUUUAGCCAUUAUUAAUGAUAUAUUUCUGUAGGUGAUAUUUCACAAGCAUAAAAUGGAAGUUUGUACAGAGAGAAAAUACAGUAUCUGCAGAAUAGCUAAAGAAGGAAUCCUUAUUUUAGUUUAAAAUGGGAGCAGGUCAGUUUUACAAUAACAUUUUUCUACAAUUUUUUUAUGAGCUUGGAGUGAUUUUUCAUUGAAUUAAAAUAUGUCUUAUUGUACUUUAAUUGUGUUUAGCGACAUCCUGCUCUGGGAAAAGCAAAGCACGAACGUAAGAACUUAAUCUGUGUUAUAUGUUUUGUGUACUCUAGAAAAUAUAUCUAUACAACUUGUUGUAGACAUUAGGAGAUAAAUAUCUACCAAGUAGCAUUGCUGUAUGCCACAGAACAUAUGUACACUAACACCAUACACUGGUCUGACUCCUUAUCAGUGUACCGGUACCUAGUAAGUCUAGUAAAUAUACCCUUCUGGAAAGUAUGUUAUUUUGGCUAUAGAGCCUUGUCUAGCUUCGUGUAUAAGAAAGUAUAUAUUUGAAAGUAUGGCUCUAUGGCCAAAGUGAUCUACUCUCCAGAAGGGUGUAUUGUCAGUGUAACCCGGCUGUUAAUUUGCGGGCGGCGAUUAACUCCUGGCUAGGAAAAGGGUAUAGUCUGUGUGCUAAGGAGAGACUGUCACCUCCCCCCCCCCUCAAAAAAAAAAACAUUCAAAAUGACUUGUUUUAUGAUGGAGGGGGUAAUUGAGAGUUAGUCCCUUGUGGGUUCCCAUUAAUACACAUGUGUCUCCCUACUAUACAAGCAAGUGCUACAAGUAAAAUCAUCUGAUGUUAGAAGGAGUAAACCCCCAUUUUCUGCUUGGCAAAUUUUUAGCAAAAAGCAAAGCGAAAAACAAAUUUUGCAAAUUGUUUGGUUAUAGUGAAACAAUUUUAGGGUGAAACCUUUUCAUUAACCAAUAAUAUUGCCAGAAAUUUUUUAACCUCACUUUGCACAAACAAAUUCGGUGUUUAGGUGUGAGAAAAUGUGUAGUAUGUAAAAACAUACUACAUGUUUGUCUGAAUGUUUGGCUGUGUUUUUAUCAAUAUAAAUAAUCUAUUUUUACCAUUUCUCAACAUUGUGGCAUAAUUAACCAAUCAGAGUCCAGAGAAUUUAAUUGUAUUAUGAUGUUAAUUAACACUGCAUCUGCAUGUAUUUAAAAUUACAAAUAAAUACAUAUUCAUAGAGCCUAAUAACUCUUGAAGAGCAAACAAGCAUUAAGUUGUCAUCUUAUCAACAUAUUAAGUUCUUUCCUUUCAUAGCAACGAAUAAUAAAUCUGUCACGAGAAAAAUAUGUUGCCUUAAUUUGCAUGAAUGACUUCCAAUAGAACGCUCUACAAUUCAAAGCUGCCAUUCAAAGUUUACUUCAAACGUUUCACCUUCGUAAAACUCGUGGUAGCAAUGCCAAUGGAGUCAGUGAAAUUGUGUGAUGAAAUUCGUGAAAGUGUAUGAUUGAAUAUACUCAGGAAUGCAUGUGGUUAUUUUGUGAAGGUCGUCAAGGGAUUAGUGUAUGUCUGUGUGUCGAUCACGGUAUGAAAUAAAUCUACGAUUUAUUCUAGAGGAACGUUAAUAGGUCAUUUGUCAAGAUAAACUAGAAUUGAAUUCCUAUAGGGACACCUUUGUUAAAUGGACAACUCGUGUAGGGGUCAGCCAGGACGAGUAGUGUCACGAACAUUUUUCCCUAACCAUAAAAUAUCGUCGACGUUGCCGUUAGAAUGAACUUUAUACCGUUACUGAAAUCAAACUAUAAGCUAAUUUUACUAGAAAUGUUUUUCAAAUUCUUAUAUACUAUGGAAAUAGAGCGAAUCUUAGUUGAAAGUAGUACGGAAAAUUCGAAAGUGACUGCCAGAUAGGACGAUUGAGCAACCCUCUGACUAAAUUCCUGCUAAAGCUUCGGUCAUGCAAGGCCAAGGACUUUGAACUUGUUCAAUUUUUUUGAGAGUUGAUAAGAGUUUUCGUUAUCGUGUUAAUAUCCAGUCAACUCUCAUCGACUCUCAUACAACUCUUACUCUUGUUCUCGUCUGACCGGGGCAUGAGAGUUGAGAAAACCCUCAUUGCAAACUCUCGCUUCUCAACUUUCAUCAACUCUCAUGCUUAAUAUCCAGUCAACUCUCAUCGACUCUCAUACAACUCUUACUCUUGUUCUCGUCUGACCGGGGCAUGAGAGUUGAGAAAACCCUCAUUGCAAACUCUCGCUUCUCAACUUUCAUCAACUCUCAUGCGACUUUUGUUCUCGUUUGACUGCGGGGCACGAGAGUUGAGAAAACUCUCAUGCAAACUCUCGCUUCUCAACUCUCAUUCUCGUAUGACCAGAGCUUAACCAUGCCAUCAACACUUCAAAAUGAACGUUCUUGAAAAACAGUUUAAUUCCCCAACAGGUGUGCAAAUGGCAGCGCUGGCCACAUGAAAAGCAACUCUCAUCGAAGCAACAAGAUUUCUGCUUGUGAAAACGGCUCAGCCGGUCAGCACAUAUCAGACAGCCAUGAAUUGCCGAAGGAUUCCUCAAGUAUAUCUUCAAGACAUUCAGUUUCUGACGUCCCUCUUCGCCCCAGUAAAAGCGCGGGAAACACACCUCAUAUUUUGCGAAGGUAAUUGGAUGAAAGACACGUACAUAAAGCCGGUUACAGAGGAGCGAGUUUUCUAUGACAAGUUUUUAUGUGACAAGUUUUAUUUGCUCGUCUGUACGCGCAACUUUCACAAGUUUUUCUAUGACAAGUGCACUUGUUCAAAAGCUAUAGCAUGCUAGCUUUUGAACAAGUGCACUUGUCAUAGAAAAAAUUGUCAAAGUACAAAUUUUGUUCGUCUGUAUGGGUCAACAAAGAAAACUUGUCAAAGUAAUCUGAACAUUUGAUGUGAUUGGCCAGCGAACUAUUAUAAUUUUUCUGUCAUGGCGGCGAUAAACACCUUUUUCUGACACGUUCACACCAGUAAAUAAACUUGUCAUAUGAAAACUUCUCAUAUAAAAUUUGUUGCAUAUACUGCACGUGCACUUGGCAAAUAAAACUUGUCACAUAAAAAACUUGUCACAGAAAACUUGCUCGUCUGUAACCGGCUUAAAAGCGCUCAGUUGUUAGAGAUCGCACUGUUUGUGUUCGCACUGUUUGUUCCCAGUUGUUGUGACAAGUCUGAAACAAGUUGUCAUCACCUUGUUCCAAGGUUGAUCACGGUAACAGACUUGCUACAAGUUGUUCCAACAAGCUUAAUACAGACUGUUCGUUACGAGCUUGCUGUCAUCAACUUGUUAACAAUUUGUUACGUGCAGACGACGUCAGACUUGUUCGAACAACUUGUUGCGGGAUUUGACAAGCUGCGUGUGAGAUUUUUACGCUAGAGCUAUUAUUUAACAGUUAUUCUACUCACUCUCGUCGUUGCUUUAUUAUAUAGAAUAGCUUAUACCCAGUAGUUCUGCAGUGUAAUAUUUCAUAUCCGACUAUGAGGACUGGCCUAGAUUUCAAUUCCGCGCAAUCUGAUCCGAAGCCGAGGACUGGAUCAAAAUGAAAUCUAGUCGCCAGUCUGAAUAGACCUUUCCCCUUCUGAGUGAAAUUUUGAUCUAGACAAGUCUGGACAAAAAUUUCAUCACAGCUUGAAAGAGCAUCACAAAAUUAGUAAUAUUCCGAAGUUUCGUUGCGAAAUGUUGUAAAAUGCGGAUACUGUAAUAUAACUCUGCGAGGUUUGCCGUUUUUCAGUCAUUUUGUAUUACAAAUUGAUAAUCAGUUUGAUCAUCUGAUUAUCAAUUUCCCGUUUGUAAUGCAAAAUGACUGAAAAACGGCAAACUUCGCCAGGCUAUAUUAUCCGCAUUUUACAACAUUUUGCAACGAAAUUUCGGAAUAUUACUAAUUUUGUGAUAGAUCGGAAGAGCACACCUGUGUUCAGUUCAAAAUUUCACUUAAAAGGGGAAAGGUCUAUUGGAGGAUUUGAAAUGACAUCUCAUACGAAUAAAUCAACUACUUAAAGUGAGGUGAAUUAAUUUUGUUCCAGUCCUAGGACUGAAUCAAUAUACUUUACCAGGUAUUCUCAAAGCAUUAAUAAUUCAUGAGUAAAUUAGGCUGCGUCCAGACUGGGUCAGUGUGACCAUAUAUGCAAUUUUUUUUACUAAAGCUGCUUAAAAUUGGUUGGCUGCCCCCUCCUGUUCUUAAUGCUGCAGUUGUUUAAAGCAGGUGGGGUUGUCUAAGGGCAUCCAACCGGAUCUGGUAAUAAAAUGUACUAAACCUGGUCACACUGGACUGGAUGCCCGGCACUGGUGCCCAGCACUUGUUUUGGCUCCCAGUUUGAACACGACGCUUUCAAAUGAAAUUGGGCACAGUGCCCAAGAACGGGCACUACCUCUAGAGGUAGUACUCAACAACGGCACUGUGCUCAACAUGUUUUGUGAACCAUUUUGAACAUUGGGCACCAGUGUCGGGCACUCAGUCUGAACGAGCCUGGUGCCCAAUGUUCAAAAUGGUUCACAAAACAUGUUAAGCACAGUGCCGUUGUUGAGUACUACCUCUAGAGGUAGUUCCCGUUCUUGGGCACUGUGCCCAAUUUCAUUUGAAAGCGUCGUGUUCAAACUGGGAGCCAAAACAAGUGCCGGGCACCAGUGCCGGGCACCAGUGCCGGGCACCCAGUCUGGACGCAGCCUAAUUUACUCAUGAAUUAUUAAUGCGUUUGAGAUUUUAGUGCAUAAAUCGGGCUCAUUCCUUCUUCAAUUUGCUGACUUUUUGAAGGUCUGCGGGAGGUGACAGCAAGUCACUUCUAAGACGCUCAUGUGGGAGUCAAAACCUUCUCACUGUUGACAAAGUUUUCUCCGAAGACGAGUAUGCGCACGCCGCACUGGUUAGACAAAUGAGCGAACCAAUUCCUGCAAGUCGGUCAGUGCCGUCGUCGCCUCGGAUCGCCCGACCGCCAGCGAAGGAGAGUCAUCACGUUAACAGAUUGCAAACAGAGGUGGGUUUGAUAAGAGAGAGUGGGAUACUAAUAUUCUGUAAUUCCAAGUCAAUACCCUACCCUCGAACUACAGUAGCAGGCUUUAAGGCGGGUUUCCAUCCGGUGCAAAAUGUCGCACAAUCGACUUUUUGCGAUCGCUUUCUUUUGAAAUACAAACAGUCAAACGGAACAAAUCUCAUUAGCUGUAGUUGACUGCACAUAUUUCAAAAGAAAACGAUCGCAAAAAAUCGAUCGUGCAACAUUCUGUACUGGAUGGAAAUCCACCUUAAUGCAACAACAUGCUCGCAUCUCCGGACAUCUUUGCACCAGUAACCUCCGAACAAAAACAAAAUGGCUUCCCCUUUCGUUCAUCAUCGUUCAUUUCGUUAAACUAUUCAUCUCCACUUUGGUAAAAAAAACAACUUGUAAAAUUUUAUUAAUAAUAAUAAUGAAUAAUUGUUAAAUAUUCUCUUGACUUUUUUUAAAUAGAAUGGUCUUUCCCUAAACGAGUAUCAUCUUCUGGAGGAAAUUGGCAAGGUAUGGUUUGUAGAAUGGUGUAUGAUGGUGGCAUGAUGUGUAUGUUGUGGUAUGUUGUGGUAUGGUAUGGUAUAUGGUAUGGUGUCUUUCCCUAAACGAGUAUCAUCUUCUGGAGGAAAUUGGCAAGGUAUGGUUUGUAGAAUGGUGUAUGAUGGUGGCAUGAUGUGUAUGUUGUGGUAUGUUGUGUUUAUGGUAUGGUAUAUGGUAUGGUAUAUGGUAUGGUAUAUGGUAUGGUAUAUGGUAUGGUAUAUGGUAUGGUAUAUGGUAUGGUAUAUGGUAUGGUAUAUGGUAUGGUAUAUGGUAUGGUAUAUGGUAUGGUAUAUGGUAUGGUAUAUGGUAUGGUAUAUGGUAUGGUAUAUGGUAUUUGAGGUGAGGUGUGAUACGGUUACGACUUGAAUAUCAUUAUCUUGACUAAAUUUUCAGGGAUCCUAUGGCGUAGUGAGGAUCUGCCACUCAGAAUCAGACCAUCAUAAUUAUGUAAGUAUAUUAGUGUCAAUGCAUCCAAAAUACCAAUCAAGCCAGAACUGUAACAAGGUAUUUCGUGUUCAUUGUUCACAUGCGUGUGUUACGCGUCUGUUGUUUUUUUUAAGGCGAUGAAAAUUAUGUCAAAGAAAAGAAUUAUAAGAAAGGCAGGACUAAGUAAGUAUUCUAAAGCCUCAGGUUCACACUAUCAAAGUUUCUGUGAUCACAGUAGGAAUUUUGCAUAGAUACAUUUUAAGUUUUGAAGGAUUUGUAAGAAAUGCUUGAGGGAAUAAAUAAAUAAAUUUCAAUACAAACGUUUAUCUUAAUGAUAUUUACUGUGUUGGUGUAAUGUACUCAGGUGAGUUUCAGGCUUAUUCACCUGAGUACAUUACACCAGCACAGCAAAUAUCAUGAUUAUUACAUUACAUUGAUAUCGAAGGAACUAGACUCAGUUCCGAAAUAUCACAUACUCGAACCGACCUGACCGCGUGGCUCACUUGGCGGAGCAUUGUGUUGGUAUUCCAAAGGUCGUAGGUUCGAUUCCCACCGUGGCCAGGCAUAUUUUUCAAGCCUGCCCAAUGUGGAUAUACACUCAGAGUAACAUCACAAGCAUCAGUUUAUCUUAAUAUUCACGAUACUUGUUAUUUAUGUUUUAUAGUGAAGCCGGCUGAUAGAGGCAAGAAAGAUGCGUUGGAAGGUUUGAAGAGAGAGAUCGCCAUAUUGAAAAAAGUUGACCAUCCGAAUGUUGUCAAACUUCAUGAGGUACAAUUUAUUAUCAUUUAUUACUGUAUAAUUUAAUUAAUUAUAAAAGACAAAGGAAUUCAGUACCGUGUCGGUGGACAGUUUUAUAUGUGAUAAAAAAUCGUGUUAAUUUACAUAGCCUUUAGUUUUGAUUUUCUCGGCUUAGACAAAGUUGAUUUUUAAAAUUACUUCGCCAAUGAACUCAUAAGAUGGGUUGUUUUUCAAUCAAUUUUAAAACACUCGCAGUCUCUGUUUUUUCAGAUAUAAGAUACUCGACUGUCGCUUCGUGUUUUGUAUCUGCAUGAUAAUAAAAGCAAUCCUGCAUGCUCGUGUUUUAAAUAGUACUUAUUGUCAUUUGUUAUCAUUUACAACAAAGGAGAAAGUUGCGUUGAAUAACGAGUCGCUAGUCGAGUUUUUCCAACAGACUUUGAGGUGUUCUUUAUGCCGUUAAAAAACAGCUUUCGAGUUUCAAGUCUCAAACAGACUUGUACUUAACCAGAAAUUUUAGGCGUUUAUUGCAGUGGUAUGAAGACAACAAUACUGUGCUGGUUUAUUUUGUGUUUUGCUCAUAAAUUAUUAGUAAGUUUGAGAAGAAUUUUUGAAAUUUCCAUUCAUGUUGUUGAUUCAUUUCCUAGGUUCUUGAUGACCCUUCGGAUGAUAAUCUAUAUUUAGGUGAGUCAUGAAUUAUUUUUUGCAGGCCAUGGUAAAAUUAAAUUUCUUGUACUUAUCUUUUAACUCAUUGAAUUUUUAGUUUUUGAGCUCAUCGAGAAGGGGUGAGUAACAAUUGAUGGAUUUUGUAAUAUCUUCCUUUUAUGCUAAUCAUGGUAUUCUGAUGUGAGACACCGCUGCAGGGCGAAUUUUAGCAGCAAAAUAGCGCUCUUCAGAUCAGAUGUGGAGGGCUCAAUUUCUGCAAAAGAUUACAAUAUAAUAUUAUAAGAAACCUUACAUGGAUUAUGUUCUUUAAGAUGUGUUGUCGUAUGAAACAAUAUGUCUUUAAGACUAAUAAGACAUAUACAAAAUUAAUAAAUCCCGAAGUAGAGUCACAGCAGUUACAGCUUUACAGGAUUAAAAACAAACAUUACGUACUAUUUAAAACAUGAGCAGCAGUGUUUUAUCAGAUAUAAAGAUACGAGGCGAAGCCGAGUAUCUUUAGUAGGUCUGAUAAAACACGCACUGCGAAUGUUUUAAAUUGCUUCAAAAACGAUCAAUCUAGUAAGUUCAUUGGCGAAGUAAUUUUCAAAAAUACGUUGUGUAAUUCAAAAAAAUCAAAGUUAAAGUAAACAUGUAAAUCAAGGGAAAUCUCUAUCACAUAUAAAGAUACGACACACUUAUGAUUUUCUUUGUGUUUUCCUCAUGAAUUAUUAAUGCGUUUUUGAAAUAAUAAUAAAUGUUAUUGUUGUUGGUUUCAGACCAGUGAUGGAGGUUCCAACAGAUAAUCCGCUGAGCGAGUCUGACGCAAGGAAAUACUUUAGAGAUAUCCACUCUGGAAUCGAAUAUUGUAAGUAGUGUCGAUUAUAUAUGCAGAGUGAAAAGCCCAGGGGCGUAGCCAGUCCCCAACAGGGACAUUGUCUAAUAUAUUUUUAUUUUCAGUACAUUUUCAUAGAAUAGUCCACAGAGAUAUCAAACCCUCCAACCUUUUACUUUGUGAUGACGGUCAUAUUAAGGUACGGUGUCGUAUGUUCAUGAACAAUUGUCAUUCGUGAACAAUUUCAUUUCAAAUUAUCUUUCAGUGGCGAGGUAGCGAGAAAGUGGUUUUGUUACAUAAUCGUUGAUCGUGAUUUCAGAUUGCAGAUUUUGGUGUCGCUGAUAUAUUUGAAGGGGAAGACGCUUUGCUUUCUAAGACUGCGGGAUCACCUGCGUUUAUGGCUCCAGAAGCUUUACAAGGUCAGUAUUACAGAGCCUGUUGGACAUCAUGCCCAGAACGGUCGGACAUCGGACAUUUUCCGACCCAAUGGUAAAUUGUCGGAUAUUUUGCCGUACAAAAAAUAGCUAUCAGUUUUCUUGAAAGGAUGGGUCAACCAAAAACUACACCCGAAAGGUGCGAUAGAUCGCGUACUUACAUGCCGGAGGUACGCCAAUAUUGCCGUCUGGUACUUCUGUCUUUUCAGUCAUGUACCACAUGGGUACGUGGUACCACAGAAUAAGUCACACAGUAGGCCGGCUUCUUGGUCCUAGCCAGUGCGCGUUUGAGAGGCAUUCACCCCCAUGAUAAUCAGUCAAAAUGGCGGAUGUCCAGGGGGGAAUGCCUCUCAAACGCGCAUUGGCUAGGACCACGGCGUCAGCAUUUUGAUGAUGAAUCAUGGCAUGGCAGCGGUUACUCAAGUCAUCUGUGCUCGAGUCGACCUUCUGUGUGCCUUAUUCUGUGGUGGUACUCUUCCCAUCUGCAUACUUAACUUUUUACCUGUACCAUUUGACCUUUCCAAGCCAAGUUAUUCAAAACCAUAAUCUAGUCGGAACAUGUGCAACUCUAGCAUGACUUGGCAUUAAACCUGAUUGAUACGACCAGAUGGGACUAUAGGCCAUGUUACACGGUGCAAUUUUUCUUGCAACUUGCAAUGCAAUUCUACUCUUGAGAGAUGUAAAAUUGCCAAAUACGAGUCUUCAUUACACUCCGCUGAUGUUUUCUCAACAUAUCAAAAAUUCUUCACUGAUUUCACUAAUUAACAUCUCUCAAGAGUAGAAUUGCAUUGCAAGUUGCAAGAAAAAUUGCACCGUGUAACAUGGCGUUAAGGAAUGUUAGAGUCGAUCGUAGUGUUUGUGUAUCUAACUACUAGUUCCAAGUUACUGAAUGAAUACCUUUCAGAAACCUGUACAUUAUGUACUUCAUUCUAAAGACUAUUAGUACACCAUGAGUCUUAAGUUUGUACCAGCUCAAGUACGCGGCCAUAACCUUCGGACUACCAGUCAGGUACGACUAAAAAUUUUGAACGGUCACUCCACAUACACGGGUAAAAAUUGAUCAGGUUGUUCGGCGUUGUUCAAAACAGGAGUGAACAAUGUUGUGCUGCACCCCGUGAACAAUAUUGUCAACAAGUUGUUCAACCAUCAGUACUGUUGCAAGUUGUUAACAUGAUUGUCAACAAGUUGCAACAAUAUUGAUGGUUCAACAACUUGUUAACAAUAUUGUUCAUGGGGUGCAGCACAACAUUGUUCGCUCCUGUUUUGAACAACUUGCAUCAACAUGAUGAUUUUUACGCGUGUAGAAUAUACAAUUUUCAAUUUUUUUAAGCAUUUGAGAUACAUCUACCUGAAAAAUAUAAACAGAGCUUCGUCUUCGACUUUUCGAAGUUAAUAGUAGCCCUUGUGUCGAAAAAUUGUCGUACCAACCUUAAGCUAAACAUGCUUCGUUCAAGUUCCCCCUAUAGCUGUUGAUUUUCUUGUCUAAUGUUAGUUGUCUCUGCAGCUACAAGAGACAAAUACAGUGGCAAAGCAACAGAUGUGUGGGCAAUGGGGAUCACUUUGUAUUGUUUUGUAUUUGGAAAGGUGAGAGCUAAUCAUGUGCUUUACCGCUUGCUGGAUUUUGCCCCAAUGGCCUCAUUUUCAUGUGCUUAUUUCCUUAUGUCUCGUGCUCAAUAAGGUUAGUUAAGGAUACACACGCAAAAAUCUCGCAUCUUGUAAUGAGUUUGUCAACAAGCCGUCAACAAGUUGUCUUCGCACUGCAUGCUUGUCACAAGUUGUCAACAAGUUUGGAACAAGCUGUUAACAAUUUGUAACAUUCUUGUUGAUAUUAUCAGGCUUGUCACAAGGUUGUUCCAACAAGUCCGAUACAGUCAUAAUAUCUGAUAGCAGUAUUGUUACAACCUUGUGUCGUCAACCUUGUAACAUUCUUGUUUAUCAUGACUGCAUCAGACGUGUUAGAACAACAGCUUGUGAACAUAUUUGCAACAACUUGUGUGCGUUUUUACGUGUGGGUUUGUGUUUGGGCUCAAGGUCAAAGAGAAACAUAUAUAACCUUCAUGUGAGCCUAUCAUGCUAAAAGAGGCAAACUGUCCUGAAAACAAAUGUAUAUAUUUGUUUAUCUCGAAUAUUAUAUUUACAGUAGAAAUAUGAAUUAAAAACACUUUUAUUUCUUCAAUAGAUUCCAUUUAAUCACAAUAACCGAAUUAGUCUUUACGAAUUGAUAAAGACGAGCGAGUGAGUUAUGCAUAUUUUUUCUUUGAGUUCAUUUACUGUAUAUAGUAAUUUCAAUUCGUUGUAAUAAAAGUUUAAUAAAAUUGUUUUUACCAAUCUUUUUAUUUAUAGAUUGGAAUUUCCCGAAGAGUAAGUAUUUUUCCCCCUUUAAAUGUUUAUAGUCUAUACAUGUAAAAACGUACAAGUUGUAACAAACCUGCAGCAGACUUGUAGCAAUGCUGUUCCGACAACUUGUCAACAGGAUGUGUUCGCACUACUUGUUCCCAGCUUGUGGACAACUUGCUACAAGGUUGUUGAGCUCAGCAGAUUUGCUACAAGUUUUUCCAACAACUUGUUAUCGUCCUGCAAUUCAAAAAUUAGUCAACAAGUUGUGAGUGACAAUCUUGUGGCAACUUGUUAAAAUAACAGCAUUGCUACAACUUGUUGACAACUCGUUACAAGGUUGUUGAGCUCAACAGACUUGUUACAAGUUGUUCCAACAACUUGUUAUUGUCCUGCAAUUCAACAAUUUGUCAACAAGUUGUGAGUGACAACCUUGUAGCAACUUGGUAAAAUAACAGCAUUGUUACAAUUUGUUGACAACUUGCUACAAGCUUGUUGCGAACACAUUUUGCUGACAAGCUUGCUACAAGGUUGAGCUCAACAGACUUGUUACAAGUUGUCCCAACAACUUGUGAUCGUCCUGCAAUUCAACAAUUUGUCAACAAGUUGUGAGUGACAACCUUGUUGCAACUUGAUAAAAUAACAGUAUUGUUACAACUUGUUGCAUGACACGCUUGCUACGAGCCUGUUGUGAACACAUUUUGUUGACAAGCUUGCUACAAGGUAAUUGUUGACAAGUUGUGAGAUUUUGUAAUUAUACAAAAAUGAUAGGAUUGUACUCAUCACUAAUAUAUCUCUUUUUUCUAGCUGUCAAAUAAGUCCGGGUCUCGAAGACUUACUUAACAGAAUGUUAAUCAAAGAUCCAAGCAAUAGAAUAACUAUCCCUGAUAUGAAGGUACUUUUCAUUAUUGUAUCAAAAUUCUGGGCAGAGAAUAGAUCUAUAGUGACCAAUUCAAUCACAUAUAUAAGUGAAAUGCUUGGUAACCUUGGUUCCCUUCUAUGUUUAGUAUUGUUUACAUUAUCACAACAGUGGUAUAACUAGGCAUGUAAGUUAUCCCACCCAAUUCACUCACAUAUAUAAAUUAAGUCCUUGGUUACUAUGCAGUGAACUUUAUGGGGUCUAUAUUGGAAUAUGCAUUCUGGGACAAUGUGCGUCAAGGUUAUUGAACUGUAUUUUAGGUACAUAAAUGGCUAACUAAAGGUGGCUCUGAACCACUUCCGUCGACGUACGAUAACUGUACAGUUCUGGAGCCAACUGAAGAAGAGAUAAAUAAUAGUAUUCGGAGUGUGCCGAAAAUUAAGACAUUGGUAAGUCUGGCUAAACUAACUUUAAUUGUUUACACUGGAUAGCUCUAUCAGUUCUAAACUGUUCUCCCUAGAGGUCCAGUAAGGAUCAUCUCUUAUUGAUCCAGUGUUACUACAGGAGGAAACCUAGACUAACUUUCGAAAAUUAAGACAUUGGUAAGUCUGGCUAAACUAACUUUAAUAAACUUUAAUUGGUUUACACUGGAUAGCUCUAUCAGUUCUAAACUGUUCUCCCUAGAGGUCCAGUAAGGAUCAUCUCUUAUUGAUCCAGUGUUACUACAGGAGGAAACCUAGACUAACUUUAUUUAUACUGGAUAGCUCUAUAGCGAAGGGGAAUACUUCUGAUGUUUGGAAAUGUCAAACUGGAAGCACUCUUCUCACGUGCAACUGAUGCGAAAUGAUAAUAGGCAGGAAUCGAAACACUAAGCUAAAGUACUUUGUUUUAUUUAUCUCUGUAGAUUCUUGUGAAACACAUGUUAAAACGUGGUCAUUUUGGUAACAGGGAGAAACUCAACCGUAUGCGUUACAGUACAAGCUCAAUGCAAUAGCAUUUAUUAUGGAGAUUAUCCAUUUAAAGCCCAGUGGUGGACCCUAGGGUGCCGGCAAAGGGGGAGUGGGACGAGGCGACGCGGGAUCUUGCCUGCAUCACCCCCCUAAUUUGUUGCUUCUCGCGCCUCAACUCCAAGCCCCUAAAACGGCCAGCCAGGGGCCCAGGUAAUCUAUACGUAUUAUAAUGUAAUAUAUGUUUAUGUGAUGGUUUUAUAACCUAUUUCAUAAGCAAACAAACAGUAAAUAGUUCAAUAAAUGCGGUUCAAAAAUGUGACUGCUAUUAUCCCUUGCGCCAUUUCAAUGAGAAACAUGUAUUAAAUUAUAAUACGUAUUGAUUGCUUGGAUUGCCUGUGGCAACGUGGGCUGUCUUGACGAAUGAGACGAACUAUCUUCCGUAUCUAGCAUAAAUGUUGCCAAUAUUUAAUGACGAGUGAUGAUGCUUUGUUCGAAACAUAUAAAACUACAUAGUACAAAAGUAAAAAUGUCACAACUUGUCAACAAGAUGUGUUCGCAACCGAAUUGUUACAAGCUUGCCAACAAGUUGUAGCAAUGCUGUUAUUUUAUCAAGUUGCUACAAGGUUGUCACUCACAACUUGCUGGCAAAUUGGUGAAUUGCAGAACGAUAACAAGUAAUUGGAACAACUUGCAACCAGUCUGUUGAGCUCAACAACCUUGUGGCAAGUUGUCAACGGUUGCAAGUUGUCAACGGUUGCAAGCUGUCAAGAAUCCGUUGACAACUUGUCGAAAAGCUUGCUACAAGCCUGUUGCGAACACAUCUUGUUGACAAGUUGUUGGAACAGCUUUGCUAUACAAGUCUGCUGCAGGUUUGUUACAACUUGUGCGUUUUUACGUGUGUAGUACAGAGAUUCACAUUUUGAUUUCAACCUCUCUAUAGCAAUAAUAGACAAUACAGUAAUACUACCACUACUACACAUGUAAAAAUCUCACAACUUGUCAACAAGAUGUGUUCGCAACAGGCUUGUAGCAAGCUUGUCAACUAGUUGUAACAAUGCUGUUAUUUCAAGUUGCUACAAGGUUGUCACUCACAACUUGUUGACAAAUUGUUGAAUUACAGGACGAUAACAAGUUGUUGGAACAACUUGUAACAAGUCUGUUGAGUUCGACAACCUAGAAGCUUGUCAACUAGUUGUAACAAUGCUGUUAUUUCAAGUUGCUACAAGGUUGUCACUCACAACUUGUUGACAAAUUGUUGAAUUACAGGACGAUAACAAGUUGUUGGAACAACUUGUAACAAGUCUGUUGAGUUCGACAACCUUGUAGCAUAAUUGUGACAAUGCUGUUACUACUUGUCCGCAAGCUGGGAACAAGCAGUGCGAACGCAUCCUGUUGACAAGUCGUUGGAACAGCAUUGCUUCAAGUCUGCUGCAGGUUUGUUACAACUUGUGCGUUUUUACGUGUAUAGUAGCCGCAAAAACAUAACCGCGUUCAUUCUUGCCUUCGGUCACUUGCUCAUGUGUUCGACCAAGUCACCAGGAGUAAUACAGAGAUUAUAUCAUCACAAAUUUGUAUAUUUGUUCGUAUUAAAAUAGAUUUAUUAAAGUUAUAUAUAUAUAUAUCGUCAAGACGUCAAUGAUAAAUAUUUUUUGUAAUUGUUUCGUUACCAUGUAAACGAGGUUAAUAUACAUAAUCAGUUGGCUUGUUGCCACUCAAUUUAUUCACAUAGUAUGUACUAUUUAAAGCACGCGUAGGAGUGUUUUAUCACAUAUAAAACACGACGAGUAGCGGAGUGUUUUAUAUGUGAUAAAACACUCCUACGCGUGCUUUAAAUGGCUUAAAAAACGACUCAUUUUAUACGAGAUCAUUGGCGAAGUAAUUUAUAAAAUAAACUUUGUCUAAACCGAGAAAAUCAAAGCUAAAGUUUAUGGAAAUUAACAUAUUUUUUAUCACAUAUAAACCACGACACGCUUAUGAUUUUUCUUUGUGUUUUGCUCCUGAAUUAUUAAUGAGUUUUUUAAAUAAAUUUAAAUGCUUGCUAAGCGUUUGACUUAUUCUGCUCGCAGGCUGGUGACUUGUAUGAAAAUGUGAAUUGGCUGGUAACAAGCGUAAAUAAUUUAGGUUCCUAGUUUCAAGAAAUAAAUCUAUUUAUAAUAGUUAUAAAUGUUUUAAGCUAAACAUAGACAUAGGUGAAAAGUGUAUAUUAAAAACCUCAAUUUUACCUAAAUUCACCGGUAUUUGAAUGGUUAAAAAUUUCUGUGGGUCGGUGGAUCGGUGUUUUGUGAUGUCACAAUUACUAAUGUUGACAACAUUCAUUAAUUCGUUCUAAAUUAAUAAUUAAAUUCUAAUUUCUGUGACUAGAAUAUAUAAAAAAAACCCUG